AUGGAGGUGGAUGUUGUAGAUUCACUUCUUGCUCAAAAUAAGCUCUUAUAUCAACAAAUGAGUCUCAUCACUCAGCAAUUGAGUGGCAUGCAAUGUCCAAUUGCUAAUGUUUAUAGUGCUCCUCUAGAUGCUCCUUAUGAUAUAAGCGGCAGCUCCCCUCUAGAACUCUCCAAAAGCCAACAAAGUUUUAUACAGGAAACCAGAGCCUCACUUAGGAAUCUGGAGAUACAAAUGGAUCAGUUGAGCAAGCGAACACCUGAGAGACCUUCUGACAACCAUCAUCGUGACACGGUUUCCAACUCCAGAGAAGAAUGCCAGGCCGUUCAAUUGAGAAGUGGUAAGAUCGCGGGGUCAGGAACCAAGAGUGGUGAGAAGCAGGUUAAAAAAGAGACAUCGGAGAAGGAAAUUGCAAAGACAGAGUGUGCCAGGAAGGGCGAGGCCCUUGAGCAAAUACCUCUUUAUGCCAAGUUUAUCAAGGAGUUGUUGAGUAACAAGAGGGAUUGUAAAGUGAUUGAGACCGUGGUAUUGACUAAGAAAUGCAGUGCAAUCAUCCAAAAAAAUCUCCCAGAAAAGCUGCAAGAUCCUGGGAGCUUUCUAAUUCCCUGUACCAAUGGAGACACCACUAUUCAGAAAGCCCUGUGUGAUCGUGGAGCUAGCAUCAACCUCAUGCCUAUUUCAUUUAUGAAAAUGCUCCAAAUUGAUGAGGUAAAAUCUACCCAUAUUUCUCUUCAACCUGCCGACCGUUCUGAUAAGUAUCCUCUUAGAGUUGUUGAGAAUCUUCUUGUGAAAGUAGGACCCUUUACCUUUCCUGUUGAUUUUAUGAUAUUGGAAAUGGAAGAGGACAAAAAUGCCUCUAUUAUUCUUGGGAGACCCUUUUUAGCUACAUGA